AUGAUACCUCUCCUUUCCCUCCACUCCCCAACGCCCUCACUUUUCCUCACCCAUUUCCCUCCUCCCCCUUCCACUACUCUUCCUCGCUUCAAAUCCCCUCCUCACCGAACCCAUCAUUUCCCUAUCCACUCUUUCCCAAACAACCAACAACAGCGACAGCCUGCCAAUCAAAAGCAAGAACAACCGAGAACCCUUUUCCCUGGCGGUUAUAAACGCCCCGAAAUUAAAGUCCCCAACAUCGUCCUCCAGCUGGACGCGGAGGACAUCCUUCGUGGCGGAAGUGAGGCGUUGGAUUUGAUUGAUAAGGCUGUGUCUAAGUCGGUUGGGAUUGUGGUCCUCAAUGGCAGUAGCAGCAGUGAUGGUGGUGGCAGCGGGAAGAGCCUUUAUGAGGCGGCCUGUUUGGUGAAGUCAGUGGUGAGAGAUCGUGCUUAUUUGUUGAUUGGAGAACGUGUCGAUAUAGCUGCUGCUAUUAAUGCUAGUGGUGUUGUGCUGUCUGAUCAAGGGCUUCCUGCCAUUGUAGCAAGAGAUAUGAUGAUGGGUUCCCAAUCUGAAUCAGUUGUUCUACCUUUGGUAGCCAGAAUUGUGCAGACACCAAACGCUGCAUUAAAUGCGUCAAAUUCUGAAGGUGCUGAUUUUCUUAUAUAUGAUCUUGGCCCAGAGAAAGAUUUUGAUGUAGAAAUGAGCUCUGGAUUUGGGAAUGUGAAGAUACCAAUCUUUGUCCUUUGUGCUUCAUGUGGGGAGGCCAAAUUGUCGAUGGAGGCAUCAAAAUUUCUCAAAUCUGGUGCUAGUGGUUUAGUUCUGUCAUUCGAAGAUUUAAGGUUAUUUAGCAAUGAUGCUUUGAGUCAAAUGUUUGACACUGCGAGUGCAACAGAUAAAAAAUCUCAGGAUGAGCUCGAAAGCUUCAGUAAGCUCAAAUCAUUGGAUAUGGAAAAAGGUAUCCUUGAGAAAACAAUGGUGGCAGGCUUUGUUAAGCUGGAGGAUAGAGAAAAACAGCUCAUAGAAAAAGAGAAAUCAAUAUUGCUUGAGGCUAUUGAUGUUAUCCAGGAAGCUACUCCUCUGAUGGGGGAGCUUUCACUUCUCAUUGAUGCGGUUUCUCAGAUCGAUGAGCCAUUUUUACUGGCUAUAGUGGGUGAGUUUAACUCCGGGAAAUCAACUGUUAUUAAUGCACUUCUUGGAAAAAGAUACCUUAAUGAGGGUGUUGUUCCUACAACAAAUGAAAUCACUUUCUUACGCUACUCUAAGAGCAAUUCUGAAGAGCAACAAAGCUGUGAAAGGCAUCCAGAUGGUCAAUAUAUAUGCUACCUUGCGGCUCCGAUUCUUAAAGAAAUGAAUAUUGUUGAUACACCAGGGACUAAUGUCAUUCUCCAAAGGCAACAGCGUCUUACUGAAGAAUUUGUGCCUCGUGCAGAUUUGCUUCUUUUUGUUAUUUCCGCUGACAGGCCAUUAACUGAAAGUGAGGUUGCUUUUCUUCGUUACACUCAACAGUGGAAGAAGAAGGUUGUUUUUGUGUUAAAUAAAUCUGACAUCUAUCGGAAUUCUAGUGAGCUUGAGGAAGCUAUCUUGUUCAUUAAGGAGAAUACAAGGAAAUUGCUGAACACUGAUGAUGUUAUAUUAUACCCUGUAUCUGCUAGGUCUGCUCUUGAAGCAAAACUGUCAGCUGCUUCUGACAUUGGGAAAGAUUGCACAGAAUUAUCAGCUUCAGAACAUCAUUUGAAAAUCACUAGGUUCUACGAAUUUGAACAGUUCUUGUAUAGUUUUUUAGAUGCCUCAACAACAACAGGAAUGGAAAGAAUAAGGCUUAAACUUGAAACCCCAAUUGCUAUUGCUGAACGUCUACUUUCUUCUUGUGAAACUCGAGUGAAACAAGAUUGCCAACACGCCAAGCAGGAUCUAACCACUGCAACAGAAAUAAUUGAUAGUGUGAAAGAGUAUGCGAUAAAGAUGGAAAACGAGAGCAUCUCUUGGAGAAGAAAAACUAUGUCACUGAUUGAUGUGACACAAUCUCGUGUUUUGGAGAUCAUAGAAUCAACCCUUCAAUUAUCGAAUCUUGAUCUUGUUGCUUCAUAUAUAUUCCGAGGCGAAAAGUCUGCUGAAAUGCCAGCCACGUUAAAGAUUCAAAACGAUAUAAUUGGACCUGCUUUAACAGAUGCACAAAAAUUGCUUGGAGAAUACGCGAUAUGGUUACAAUCAAAUAGUGCUCGUGGAGGAAAACUAUACAAAGAAUCAUUUGAAAAGCAAUGGACUUCAAUUGCCAAUCCAACCUCCCAGAUGCAUUUAGAGACCCAUGAUUUGCCGAAACAAGUUGACCUCAGCACAAGAGUGAUAGAGAACUUCAGUGCUGGGGCCACAUCCAAGCUAUUUGAAAAACAAAUACGCGAAGUGUUCUUGGGUACUUUUGGCGGACUAGGAGCUGCUGGUUUAUCUGCAUCGCUUCUGACAUCAGUACUGCCUACGACUUUAGAAGAUCUUCUUGCUCUUGGCCUUUGUUCUGCUGGAGGGUUCAUAGCAAUUUCAACUUUCCCAGCCCGUAGGCAAGCCAUUGCAGACAAGGUAAACAGGAUUGCAGAUGGCCUUGCACGUGAAGUUGAAGAGGCUAUGCAGAAGGAUCUCAUGGAAACUGUUGGAAAUUUGGAAAACUUUGUAAAAACUAUUGGCAAGCCUUAUCAAGAUGCAGCACAAGAAAGACUGGACAGACUUUUAGAUCUUCAAGAAGAACUAUCAAAUGUUGAUAAAAAACUUAGAACAUUGCGCAUUGAAAUACAGAACGUUCAUGUAUCAUGA